AUGGAGCCGUUGCUUCUCCGAAGAUUCGGGGAAGUGAUUCGCCUGAGAUUGAGAGAGAAGAGACAGGACAUGGGGGAAGUGACUGAGAAAGACCGAUUGGAGAAGCUUUGCAGUGGGCUAGGUUGGCCAAGCAAUGUUCUUCUAGACAGGGAGUUGGUUAGCCAUGUAUGUGAUUUUGGUAUAGCAAGAUUCCUUCUAACACCCACCACCCAAAAUGUGUCAAUAAGUUCAACAAGUUCUACUGGUGCAAGAGGAUCGACUGGUUAUGCUGCUCCAGGGAAGAGGCCUACAGACAACAUGUUUAGAGAUGGAUUGAACCUUCAUAACUAUGUUGUGGCAGCUUUGCCUGAUCGAGUAGUGGAGAUUAUGGAUCCAAUACUUGUUGAGGAGUUCAAGGAAGAGGAAGAGAUUACAAGUAGUGCCAACAGUAGUACUAAGACUAGAAGACAUCAACGCCUCAGUUGUAGAAUUCAAAAGGAUCAUCACUAG